AUGUUGGAGCAAGUCAAAGCAGGUAAUCUUAUUCAGAAUUUGAAAAUAGAUGUUUUACAAGCAAUCUUUGCAAAUCUUUCAGAUGAUCUUCAUGAAGCUGAUGAUUCAAAGCUUGAAGGUCUUAUUAGAGAUUGUUUACAAAGUCCUCCAGAGGAUCAAAUCAUUAAGAAGCUGGCUUAUAUGUUCAGAAAUGAUGAAAGUGUUGAAGUUAUGGAUAAAGGAAAUACUAAGGUAAUAGAUGAAGAGAAAGACGAUAGUGUAGAACCCACAAUUGUUAGUAAUAGCUUGGCGUUGAAUAGCUUAGAAAAUGUUCAGAUGUUUUUACUUCAGCAGGAAGACUCAGGUGAUCAAUUAAAAUCAAUUAAUUUUCUUGAGAAAUUUAUUAGGAGAAUGAUGUCAAGUUCUGCUCAGCAAACUCGCAUAGAUGAAUAUUUUAAGACAUAA